UCUAGAGCAAUGACGCCUGCGCCGGGGUCCGGGGCGCGCACCCUGUGGAGGGCCUGCAACUGGCUCAUGGCCGCCUUCUUCUCCCUGGCGGCCCUCGUGCAGGUCAAUGAUCCAGACGCAGAACUGUGGGUGGUGGUAUAUGCUGUACCUGCAGUACUGACCCUGCUUGUAGGAGUUAACCCUCUUGUCACAGGUCACUUUAUUUGGAAGAGUGUCUCUGCAGUCCACAUAUCGUUUUGCCUGGUGUGGGCCGCUGGCUUGGCGUACCACUUCUUACUUCACACCCAACAUAACAUCUUACAUGAAGAGGAAGGCAGGGAGCUGUCUGGUCUGGUGAUUAUCACAGCAUGGAUGAGCCUCUGCCACAGUUCAUCAAAGAAUCCAGUUGGUGGAAGAAUUCAGUUGGUUGUUGCUACUGCAAUUGCUCUUUUCCCACUUAUCUCCUGGGUCUAUGUAUAUAUAAACAAGGAAAUUCGGUCUUCCUGGCCAACGCACUGCAAGACAGUAUUUUAAAUGAACCCAAGAAUUGUAUUUUAAAUGAGAAAUUUUAAAUGAGAAUUUUCAACUUUAUUUUAUAAACAUUGGGGGAACAGGACAAUUUCCCAGUUUAUUUCAGGUAAUUUGUGCUAAUACUGAAGAUGAUGUUUUAAAAGUCUUUAAGAAUUUUCUAAGAUUGCUUACAGUACAAGGUAAGAUUGGAUGAAACAGUAAGAAUGGGGAUUCUCCGGAUGCCUUUUGUAAAGGGUGUUCUUCCAUAAUAUAAUGAAAARGCACUAGAACAAAAGUUGUGAACCAUGAGUUCUUCCAGGCAUCAUGAUGCAUGCUUGUGGUCCCCACUAAUCAGGAAGCUGAGGCAGGAGGAUUACUUGAGGCCAGGAGUUUGAGGCCAGCCUAGGCAACACAGCAAGAUUCCAUCCUUCCAAAAAUAAUAAAGUAAAUUCAGUAUCUAAGUGACUUGGGCAAAUAUAUAUAGGAAAUUUCCUUAUCUAUAAAAUAGAAUUAAUAUGUGAUGGGGCCCUACUUAUACAGUUGCUAUCAUCAAACUAUGAAAAUAUUAACUAUUUAUGGAUUACAAAGGGCUAUCCAUGAGUAAAAUAGAGGAGAGCAGAGUUUGGGUAAUACAUUGAAGUAGAGGUUGUUCAAGAGAGGCCUAUAGCCCUGAACUAAUCACAGGAGAGUAAACUGGUACUAUGGUACGAAAUAAAUGAGGACUCAAGAAGCCAAUGAACAGGCAUAACUUGAAAAGAAAAUGAAUGAGGAUUAAAAAGGAAUUUGGGACCAAUCAAGAAAAAAAGCAGGAUAUUAAUUAUUCAUAAUUACUCAUUAUUCUAAAUGAAAAAUUUAUACUACUUUUUAAAAGGAAUAUUCAAAGUAACCCCAAGGAGAGGAUUUUAGAGCUACACUCUCCCAACAUGGCAGCCACUAAUCACAUGUUGCUACUGAGCAUUUCAGAUGCAGUUAGGGUAACCAAGAAAGUAAGUUUCUAAUUUUUUUCUACUUACUUUUAAUUUAAAAAUUGACAUCCAAUUAUUGGAAAACUGUGAAAAGGUUUUAGAACAACUUGGGCAUGGGAAUCUUUUUCAACUAUCAAUUUGGUCUGUAUUUGAUAUCUAAAUGCAGAUCAAGCAUUCCCAACAAAACUUUAGUAUCCAAAUGUAAAGUACACAGUAGAUUUUAAAGACAUUGUACAAAACG